AUGGCGCACAAUUAUGAGGUCGGAACGAGGGCCUGGCAGCCUGAUCCGACUGAAGGAUGGGUAGCAUCCGAGGUCAAAGAGAAGUUUGUUGAUGGUGACAAAGUGCAGCUUGUUUUUAUACUGGAAAAUGGGGAGACAAAAUCUUUGGAGACCACGCAAGCAGAGUUACAGGUGGAUAACAAUCCUAAGCUACCUCCGUUAAUGAACCCCGCCAUGUUGGAGGCCAGCGAAGACCUGACGAAUCUAUCACAUUUGAAUGAGCCAGCUGUCUUGCAGGCCAUCAAACUACGGUAUGCGCAAAAGGAAAUAUAUACUUAUAGUGGCAUUGUUUUGAUCGCCACUAAUCCUUUUGCUCGAGUGGAUUCACUAUAUGUUCCUCAAAUGGUGCAAGUUUAUGCCGGCAAACACCGUGCAUCACAGGCGCCUCAUCUAUUCGCCAUCGCUGAAGAGGCAUUUGCUGACAUGUUGCGAGAUGCUAAAAACCAGACAAUUGUGGUUUCCGGAGAGUCUGGUGCUGGAAAGACGGUUAGCGCCAAGUACAUUAUGCGAUAUUUCGCAACUCGCGAAUCCUCGGACCAACCCGGGAAAUACACCACGAGUAGGGCAGAUGCUAUUAGCGAGACUGAGGAGCAGAUCCUGGCUACAAAUCCUGUUAUGGAAGCCUUCGGAAAUGCCAAGACAACGCGCAACGAUAACUCUUCACGAUUCGGGAAGUACAUUGAGAUAAUGUUCGAUGAUAGGACCAAUAUCAUCGGUGCUAAGAUCAGGACGUACCUUUUAGAGAGAUCCCGUUUAGUAUUUCAGCCUCUCAAAGAACGCAACUAUCAUAUCUUUUAUCAGCUUGUGGCUGGUGCAACAGACGCAGAAAAGCAAGAGCUUGGUCUUGCGUCGGUUGAGGACUUCGACUAUCUCAACCAAGGCGGGACGCCCACUAUUGAUGGCGUGGAUGACAAGGCGGAAUUCAAUGCGACAAGGAAAUCCUUAAGUACUAUCGGUGUGUCAGAAGAUACGCAGGCCGAAAUCUUUCGCAUCCUUGCAGCUCUCCUGCACCUAGGUAAUGUUAAAAUUACCGCCACUCGAACCGAUUCUUCCUUAUCUCCCUCUGAGCCCUCCCUUGCCAGGGCCUGCAGCAUGCUGGGCAUUGACGUCAAUGAGUUUGCGAAAUGGAUAGUCAAGAAGCAACUUAUAACAAGAGGGGAGAAAAUUACAUCUAACUUGACACAACAACAGGCGACAGUUGUCCGUGAUUCGGUGGCAAAAUUUAUAUAUUCAAGUCUCUUUGAUUGGCUUGUCGACAAAAUUAAUCGCGGUCUAGCAUCCGAUGAAGUUCUGAACAAAUUCAAAUCUUUCAUCGGUGUCCUGGAUAUAUAUGGGUUCGAGCACUUUGCCAAAAAUUCGUUCGAGCAGUUUUGCAUCAACUACGCCAAUGAGAAGCUGCAGCAAGAGUUCAAUCAGCACGUGUUCAAAUUGGAACAAGAGGAAUAUGUUCGAGAGCAAAUCGACUGGACCUUCAUUGAUUUUUCAGACAAUCAACCAUGCAUUGAUCUAAUUGAGGCAAAACUGGGGAUCUUAUCCCUUUUGGAUGAGGAGUCUCGGCUGCCGAUGGGUUCUGAUGAACAGUUUGUGACAAAAUUGCAUCAUAAUUUUGCAGCGGACAAGCAAAAGUUCUACAAAAAGCCACGGUUCGGGAAGUCGGCGUUCACCAUAUGUCACUAUGCUGUGGAUGUAACUUACGAAUCAGAUGGCUUUAUAGAGAAGAAUAGGGAUACUGUCCCGGAUGAACACAUGGAUGUUUUACGCAACUCCUCAAAUCAAUUCGUGAAAGAUAUAUUAGAUACCGCCGCCGCCGUCCGCGAAAAGGACUCUGCAUCAAUCUCAUCUAAACCAGUCGCUGCGCCAGGCCGUAAAAUUGGCGUUGCCGUCAACCGCAAACCUACACUUGGAGGGAUCUUCAAAUCAUCGCUGAUUGAGCUGAUGAACACCAUAAAUUCCACGGAUGUGCACUAUAUACGCUGUAUCAAGCCUAACGAAGCGAAAGAAGCUUGGAAGUUUGAAGGUCCCAUGGUCCUCAGUCAAUUGAGAGCCUGUGGUGUGCUCGAAACAGUCCGUAUCAGUACUGCUGGAUAUCCUACUCGCUGGACUUACGAAGAAUUUGCGAUACGCUACUAUAUGCUGUGUCAUUCAUCCCAGUGGACAUCUGAAAUCCGAGAAAUGUGCCAUGCAAUCCUGCAAAAAGCCUUAGUAGAUGGCAGCAGCCAAAAGCAAGAUAAAUACCAGCUAGGUUUGACGAAGAUAUUCUUCCGGGCAGGUAUGCUCGCUUUCCUGGAAAAUCUUCGUACGUCCAGAUUGAAUGAGUGUGCAAUCAUGAUACAAAAGAAUCUGCGGUGCAAGUACUAUCGACGCCGUUAUCUCGAGGCGCGCUCUUCUAUUCUUACAACUCAAGCCUUGAUCAGGGGGUUUUUAGCAAGGCAGCAUGCGGCCGAGGUGCGCAAGGUCAAAGCUGCAACUUCUAUUCAACGGGUGUGGCGGGGACACAGGGAAAGGAAAAAGUAUAACAUUAUCCGUGCAAACUUCAUAUUGUUUCAAUCGGUUGCGAAGGGCUUCCUCUGCCGGCAAAAUAUAAUGGAUACGAUACAUGGAAAUGCUGCCAAAGUUAUACAACGUGCUUUCCGCUCCUGGCGUCAAUUACGAGCUUGGCGGCAGUAUCGCCGAAAAGUAGUCACUGUGCAGAACCUUUGGAGAGGCAAGCAAGCGAGAAGACAAUACAAAAAGCUCCGCGAGGAUGCAAGGGACCUGAAGCAGAUUUCUUACAAGCUGGAGAAUAAGGUGGUAGAGUUAACUCAAUACCUUGAGUCUCUUAAACGUGAGAAUAAGUCAUUGAAUCUGCAGUUAGAAAACUAUGAAACUCAGUUGAAGUCAUGGAGGAGUCGUCACAAUGCCCUGGAGAAUCGCUCUAGGGAGCUUCAGGCUGAGGCAAAUCAGGCAGGAAUCAACGCUGCUCGGCUGUCUGCCAUGGAAGAAGAAAUGAGUCGGCUGCAGCAAAAUCACAGCGAAGCACAAACGACAAUCAAGCGGCUGCAGGAGGAAGAAAGAGCGUCACGGGAAUCUAUUCGUUCUGCAAAUGAGGAGUUGCAGCGGCUUAAACAAAUGAACACCGAGUCGGAUGAUGAGAAAGCUUCCCUCCGUCAACAGAUCGCUGACCUUGAAGAGCAGCUAGAGCUUGCGAAGAGGACCUUACCUAGUGGUGGCUUGAACAGCGAUCAACCAAACGGCAGCGCCAUCCCACCACCUGCCAGUGGAUUGAUUAACCUAGUAUCCUCAAAGAAGACAAAGCCAAAAAGACGCAGCGCCGGUGCGGAGAGGAUAGACACAGAUCGUUUUAGCGGUGCUUACAACCCACGCCCGGUCUCCAUGGCUAUUCCCAGCUCCUUAAUGCGUCAGAACCUAUCAGGGAGCACUUUCUCACCUGGACUGGACUCCGUCGAGGUGGAACUUGAAAACUUACUUUCUGAAGAGGAUGAACUCAACGAGGAGGUUACUAUGGGUUUAAUACGCAAUUUAAAGAUUCCGCUCCCUAGUUCUACUCCACCACCAACCGAAAAAGAAGUUUUAUUCCCUGCUUAUUUGAUAAACCUUGUCACUUCUGAAAUGUGGAACAACGGCUUUGUGAAAGAAUCCGAACGGUUUCUGGCGAAUGUGAUGCAGUCGAUUCAACAAGAGGUCAUGCAACAUGAUGGAGAUGAUGCUAUAAACCCCGGAGCCUUUUGGCUAUCUAAUGUGCAUGAAAUGCUUUCUUUUGUGUUCCUGGCUGAGGAUUGGUACGAAGCACAAAAAACUGACAAUUACGAGUACGAUCGGCUGCUAGAGAUUGUAAAGCACGAUUUGGAAAGCCUGGAGUUCAACAUCUAUCAUACCUGGAUGAAAGUGUUGAAAAAGAAGCUUUAUAAAAUGAUCGUUCCUGCGAUCAUCGAGUCCCAAUCACUUCCUGGCUUUGUCACAAGUGAAACCAAUCGUUUUCUUGGGAAGCUUCUUCCUUCCAACAACAACCCAGCCUACAGUAUGGACAAUCUUCUUAGCCUUCUGAACAAUGUCUACAAGGCAAUGAAGGCUUUUUACCUCGAGGAUUCGAUCGUCACUCAGACUGUCACCGAACUCCUUCGUCUGGUUGGCGUCACCGCUUUCAAUGACCUUCUCAUGAGGAGGAAUUUCUUGUCCUGGAAGCGUGGCCUCCAAAUAAAUUACAAUAUAACUCGUAUUGAGGAAUGGUGUAAAAGCCAUGAUAUGCCGGAAGGGACAUUGCAGCUUGAGCACUUGAUGCAAGCGACCAAACUUCUUCAGUUAAAAAAGGCCACGCUAAACGACAUUGAGAUUAUCCAAGAUAUCUGUUGGAUGCUUUCCCCGAAUCAGAUUCAGAAGCUCCUGAAUCAAUACCUAGUGGCGGAUUAUGAGCAGCCGAUUAAUGGCGAAAUCAUGAAAGCUGUGGCCUCGCGUGUCACGGAGAAGAGCGAUGUAUUGCUUCUGACGCCUGUGGAUAUGGAGGAUAGUGGUCCGUACGAGAUUGCCGAACCUCGUGUUAUCACAGCCCUAGAGACAUACACACCGUCAUGGCUGCAAACACCGCGACUAAAACGUCUAGCUGAGAUUGUCUCGGCUCAGGCGAUGGCUCAGCAAGAGAGGCUUGAAAUGGCGGAGAUAGCAUAA